UGGAGAUGCUGAAAAAGGAGCAUAAGCAGGUGAUGUCGGACCUGCAGAAAUUGCCUGUGGAGAUCAUUGAUGCCUUGAACAGGUGCAAGCGGCUGGUUAAAGAGAAAGAAUCCUACAGCCUGAAACUCCGAGAUUUGGCUCAGCUGAAAAGAAAUGUACGUGAGUUGAGGCUGGAGAACAGAAAGCUGUGGGAGGAGCAGGUUGCGCUUCAGGAGUCCUGUGAGGAGGCGAGGAAGCUCUUGAAGGAGGCCCAUGAUAAGAUCUGUGACCCCUGUGCUGAGCAACAGCAGGAGCAAGAGAGCCUGGAUGAAAGACUGAAGGACCUGCUGAAGCAGAAGGAGCCGGUCCCCCAGCAAGGGGACUUGGCAGACAAGCUGCACUGUCACUUCUAUAUCUCUGAGAAGAGGUCAGACAGUCUCCCGUCUGAGUUGGAACAGGCCACAGCCCAGGAGGACAGUCUCCUGCAGACAGAGCUGCUGCAGGAGCCCUAAGUCUCACA